CGCCCCCGCCGCCACCACAGGGCGCGCUUAGGCAAAGUCUAGCCGCCGGCGGCCGUGGGCCUCUUCGUCCCUUGGCGUGUGGCGCGGGUGCAGGUCGCCGCCACGGGCCAGGGCUCCGCGAUUGGUGGGUUGCGGCGGUGCUCCGAGUGCCCUCCCGGCGACGACAUUAGGUGGCAUCCGUGGUGCAUCGGGCUGCUUGCUGGAGGGGCAUGCUUGCCGCCACUUGCGACCAAAUCUGGCGCGGGGUGUAUUUGGCGGCGCGUGGCCGGCGGCCGCUGUGGGUCUUGGACGGUGGUGGCGGUUGGUCGUUGUCGGGGGUUGGGUGUGACAUAUGCCAAUGGAUGGCUUAUCAUGGUGGGAGCGAGUAGAACGUCGCCGGUGCCUGGAAGCGGGAUGAGGCGUAGACACGAACGCCGACGUACUUUACCCAGGUUCGGGACUCUCCCAGGAGAUAACACCCCUAGUCCUGCUCUGCGGGGUCUUCGCAUGAUCACUAAGGCGCAAGUGGUACAAUGGUGCUCCUUGAGCUGUUUGCUAGAGGUGGAAGAAGGCAGGCACGCUCUCUCCUCCUUUAGGUAUGAGUCUAGUCCUAACAGAUCCGAACCCUUUGCAUGGGUUCCCUGGGGGGGGGGGGUUAUAUAGGCCUACCCCCAGGGGUACAAUGGUAAUCCGGCCGGGCGUAGGGCCCGGCUGUCAGUCUCUCUGGUCGUUGGCUUCUCCGUCGGCUGCUGGGGCCCGCCGGCUGGUCUGGUAUGGAGCCGACAGGCCGCCUCCGCCGCUCGCGGGUCUUGCUGGCUACGGAUUACUGUAGCCGUGUUGCUAAUGACGCGUGUUUGGUCAAGGAGGCGUGGCUACAGUGCUGCCUCCUGGUGGGAGAUCACUGUAGCCACUCUGCAUCUGGUCUGGUUAAUGGCGCGUAGGUCCCCGAGGAAGGGUCAGGCCGGCUGCUGGGAGCCGACCUCCCUCGGAUCCGACUGGUGUGUCCCCAGCCGUCUUCCGGGCUCUCGCUGACCGGCAGGGCCCACCAUCCUCGGGCUGUACCGACAGGAGGUAGUGGGGACAGUACUUCUCCUGACAGGAGUGACGUCAAGGGCAGAGUGGCAACAGUGCCGCGCCGGGCGGAGAUCUCCGCUUGUACGAGGCACUGUGGCCACGCCCGGCCCUGGAUUCGCGGGGGGGGGGGGGGGGGGCACCGUCGUCGCGGGGGUGCCGGCUCAGUGCGGCGCCUUCAUCGCUUUGCGGAGGCCGGGGGGCGACAAUCCAUUUCCUCCGAUCACGCUAAUCCAGUCGGUGAAUAUGUGGCAGCAGUCGUACUUCUACGUGAAGAGCAUCUUCGCGGAGGAUGACUGGGUCAACCUGCCAGCUUAUGUUGCCGGCCCGCCGGCCGGGAGAUGGCCUAACUGGUCGUACCGGGCCAAGACACUAUCGCCUUCUGGAGCCGCCGCCAUCGCGCGGCUUCGGGUGCUGGUACAGUCGGAGGGUCUGACCGGGCCCGACUUGCUGUCCGCCUUCGUGGCGCGCCGGGUGCUCCCGCUCCAGGGCCGUCCUCACAUGAUCUGUCAGAUGAGCGGGCAUCGGGACCCAAGCCGGCUGUGCACCAAAGAGAUGCCUCACACAGAGGUAGCUCAUAUGGUGAACUACCCCGCGAACUGCAAGCUCACGGAAGAGUGGCGGUUCGGCAAGGAGCCGUAUUCUCACGCCAACCCCCCGCCUAUGAGCGCCCUCCUCCAGCCGGCAGCCGGCGCCGCGGGGCCGGAGCGUCAAUUUAUCCCCGACCGAGCGGAGAGCGACGUGGAUGACCCCGACUUGGGGGCAGCAGCCUUGGAGGACGACGCCGAGGGAGGGGGCGGCGCAGUGGGCGGCUCGGGGCUCGGAGCCAGCUUCGAGGACUGGCCAGACGAUGACGUGGGGGAAGUCGUCCCGCGCCGCCAAUCGGGGUCCGACCAGCAGGGCGCGAGCUUGUCUGCCGCGUCGGCAGCUCGAGGUGGUGCGCAUAAGCGCAGGGCCGCACCGAGCCUGUUCGGCAGCCUGCCCAAGAAGCCCAGGGGCUCGGCCACGACGACCAAGCGGGAUGAAGCAGCCGCGAAAGCCAAUCGCUUCCGCAAGUCUGUGAAGGAGCCGCAGCUGGUUUCCGCAGCCCCGCUCUCUCUUGAGAAGUCGGCCGCCGCCUCCAUCAUGGGGUCGGCGGAGACUUCCACCACCACCCGGCGGAUCGAACCGGCCACCGACCUCUGGGAGACGACGGAGCGGAACGCCACCUGCCUGGAGAAGGCGGAAGCAGACAGGGCGGAAGCCGCCGCCCUGAAGAAGCUGGCGGAGGCCGAAGCCACCACUGUGCUGAAGAAGCAGGCUGAGGAAGCCGCGCGCCGUCAGUCGGCAGUGUUUGUUGUCCCCCUGAACUCUGCGCCGCCGCCGCCGGAGUUCGUGGCGCAGACUGGGGAAGCCGGCGGCGAGCACCCUAUGAUGGAAAGGGACAACGGCGACGUCGCCAUGCCGGAUGUGAUCGUGCCCCCGCCACCUCCUUUUGAGGAGGCGCGAGACAAGCAGCCGGCCGACCCGCCGGCGCCACCAGCCGGAAACUUGAUGGUGACGGGCCCGACUCUCGGGGUCCGCACACCCUUACGCCGCCGGCUCGCGAAGGCAGCCUCGGCGCCGCGCCCACUAGAGGCCGGCACCGCAAGCUCCUCGAUCCCGGACAUCGAGGCGACCAGCGCCGCGCCCACUGGGUGGGUGCGGGGAGGCAGGAUGGGCCCUCUGAACAAGGCGAUUCUGGACGUUCAAGCCAAACUCCGCGCCGAGGCUGACGCUCUCAAGCUCUGCAACAAGGCGUUCCUGGAGUCGCGAGAGGCCGUCCGGGAUUAUCAUAACCUCCUUGCGGCCGCCUUCAACUCCAGAGUUCAGGAGUUGGAUCAACGUGCCACCGACUUGUCGGAGAGCCGGAAGGUCAAUGCCACCCUUCAACGGCAACUGGGCGAAGCCAACACCACGCUUCAUGCCAAGGAGGUGGACUGCGGCAAGCUGGCCGAAGAGCGCGAUCGGCUGGUCGCGCGACUGGCGGAGCAGGCGGAGCUUCUCCAAAGGGCCCAGAAGGAGGCGGAGGACAAGGAGGCGGGUCUUCUUGCUGAGUUCGAGAUCGAACGCUCCGCCUGGACCGACAAGGAGGCGAUGCUGUCGGCCGGCUUUGGCGAGAUCGAGGACAUGGCCGACGACUUCUUCCCAGGUCAUUUUGGUGCCGCCAACCAGGCUAUCGGGGCCGACCGCGAUGGACGAAGGGUAGAAGGCGAGGAGAUCGCCGCCAAUGCCCCUCGCACUCUUCGCGAGCAACUUCUCAGCAUCCAGUCUCGUCUUCGGUCGAUUCAUCGGAUGCUGCACCGCCUUCAGCGUGUCGGCGCCCAGGCGAUCGCCGCCCUGUGGCCCGACAUGCCGGCCCCGCGCACCCCCAGCCGGACUGCCGACUGGCUGGAGGUGGCGGCUGGCUGUCUUGAGGCGUGGAAGGGCUCCUUGGCCCGGGCCGAAGCACGCCCGACCUUAGAGUUCGUCAAGGCGUGGUACCCCGGGCUAAAUCUAGCCCAGUUGACCACGUUCCGACAGGAAGCCCAGGAGGAGCUGGUGGCAGUGGAGGGCGAACUCGUCAAGCGGGCGACAACCAUCGCCGAGUACACCGACACCGGCAUCUUCAUCCCGGAGCUGGCCGAGAACGGCGCCGAGGCGCUGCCAGAGUGGUUUGGGCUGAACCUGGAGGAGGACGAGGACUCGGCCGAGGUGAUCGACUCCAGCGACGAGGGAGAGGACGACGAGGAGGAGGGCGAAGAGGAGGUGCCAGAGGUCGGAGCGGACGGCCAACCUCAACUCGACCGCGCCUCCAGCAACGAGCCAUGUCCAAGCGAGCCGGCUGCUGCUGAAGGAGACCAAGUGGAGACCGACCAGCUGGCCGCUCGACCAGCUGGCGCUACCAACUCCACCAUUCCGCCGAACCCGCCUGCUGCUUCCUAGGCUGCCACUUUACUUUUGUUUCUUCCUGCUUAUUAGUCUCAACAAACUUUGUUAACUUCGCACAGUUCCACCCGUGGGGUGUAUUUCAAACUUAUGUUGGAUGUCGGCUAA